AUGUGUGUGUAUGUGUGUGUGUGUGUGUGUCACUGCGGUAGCACUGCACUGAUUUAUUUACGCAGCGGCCCUGAAGUACACACGGGUCAGAAAUCUUUGGUAUGAAAAUUGUGUGAAUCUUUUUAAACCCUCUGUGUGUAAAUGAUUUGUAACCGGGCACAAACUCAUACACACACACUCUGAGAUGGUGGGUAAAAAGGUGGCCAGAGAGACGCAGUUGCCCUCAGUGCGUGAGGAUGAUGGCGAGGAAGGUCAUGAGGACGAGAUGCUGGGGGGGAUCAGGAGCAGACCACCCAGCCGACCUCGCAAUCUGUACAGCCGAGGCAGCGUGGACAGCCAGACGGUCAUUCGAGCGAGUGGCUGCAGCCAGAGAGAGCUGAGCGCAGGGAAGAAAUCCCAAGAUGAUGAUGAUGAUGAUGAUGAUGGUGCCGAUGAAAAUGACGAGGAGGAGAAAGAGAAGGAGGUGGAAGAGAAGGAGGAAGGCGGUCAGAGCAGUGAAGCGGUUGACGGACAGGAGAGAGCUGGAGCGUGUUUCACCGUGGAUGAAGACUAUGACAUGGAGCUGGAGCCUGAAGAUCAGCCAUCGAAGUAUGACCCCACGGCGUGUUACCGAGAGGUGUGCAAAACAUUCAACGUGGUUCCCGUCUCCUACUUUCUCAGGAACAUGCACAACCCAGAACUGAGCAUGAAGCACCAUGGACUCGGGCCUCAGGGUAGUAAAGCCCUGGCAGUUCCCUUGGUAACCAACACCUCCAUUCUGAAGCUGAAUCUGCGAGAUAAUGGAAUGGAGGGAGAAGGUGGAGCCGCCAUAGCUGACAUGCUGAAAGAGAACCUUUACAUCACAGAAAUCGAUCUUUCAGAGAACAGGCUCAGUGAAAGUGGGAUGAAGGCUCUGGCCAGCAUGCUGCUUGAGAACAACACUCUCAUCUCCCUUAACCUUUCCGGGAACCAUCUGGACGAGCGAGCGGCUAAACACCUGGCUUCAGCGCUGAACAAAAACCAGCACCUGCAGCAUCUGGACCUGAGCCACAACCAACUGGGUGAAACAGCAGGGGAAGUUCUGGGUGCCGCUGUAGCUGAGAACACGGGAUUGAAGUCACUCAGUCUGGCCUGGAACUGCAUUCGUGGAAAAGGAGCCAUUGCUUUAGCUAAAGGCCUCGGGGCUAAUAUAUUCUUGCAAACUGUGGACUUAUCUUACAACGGACUUGGCAAAGAUGGAGCAUCAGCUCUAGGUGAGGGACUGAAAGAAAACAACACGCUGGAGGAACUAAAUAUUAGUAUCAAUCGUAUCUACUGAGGAGCAAACCACUUAGCCAUGGGCCUCAAAGUAAACAACAACCUUCGGAUUCUUAAAAUGGCUCGGAAUCCUGUUCGCCCAGCCGGAUGUUUUGCAGUGCUUAAGGCCAUAGAAGGAAACCCUUCAUCAUCAAUGGAGUAUCUGGACUUAUCUGACAUCAGUGUGGAGCAAGAGUUUGAAGACUUUUUGAAUAUGAUCAAAGAAACAGUUCCGAACUUCCGAGUGAAACACGGUGGCACAAUAAGACCUUCACAAAAUCUAAAGAGUUGACCACUAACAUAGCAGACGAUUCUCAUCUGUGUUUAAUACGAGCAGCUGUCAUACACGGCCAUGUUCUCAUGCAUGGCUGAGUUCACGGGCUGGUGACCUUUAGAACCACAGGCACCAGACCUGGUAUUUUUAUAUAUAUUUUUUUCUUUUCAGCACUUAAUUGCAUUGAGCAAAAUACUUUCAUUGGUUACCGAAAGAUGGAAAUCAUUCAAAAUCACUGUAGGAGCCAUGACAAUGAUUACGUCUGUUUAAAUGCGAAUGUCACAUGAUUUGUCAUUGAUUCGAUCGAGUUUGAACAUCCCUCGUUAUUUGAAAGGGGUGUACUGCUGUAGUAACGUCCUGAACAAUCAUCUAAAUAUACACUUUAUGGCCAAAAGUAUUGGGACACCCAACUUUCAAGCUAUAUGUGGUUCUUUCUCAAACUGUUACCACAAAGUUAGAAGCACACAAUUUUACAGGAUACCUUCAGAUGUGGUAGCAUAAAACGUUUUUUCACUUGAAAGAGGAAACCCAAAUCUGUUCUAGCAGGACGAUACCCCUGGGCACAACCGGACCUCCAUGAAGAUAUAGUUCAAAUGGGUUGGAGUAGAAGAUCUGCUGCUAUAAAUCUGACCCCUCUACUGGACACCUUUAGGAUGAAUGUAAAUGCUGACUGCACCCAAUGCACCUACAUCAGUACCUGACUUCACUAACACCCUCAUGGCCAAUUAAGCAAAUCUCCACAAGCACACUCCAACAUCUAAUGGAACAUCUUUCCAGAAGAGUGGAGGGUUUUAUAACAACAAAUGGGGAUUGAAUGUGGAAUGGGAUACUCAAAAAGCACUAAUGACUCUGAUGCUCAGAUGUCCACAAACAUUUGACCAUAUAGUGUAUCAUGACAUCAAUAUAACUUCUACAUAUAUACAUAAUGACACACAAAACUUUAUUUAUUUUACACUAGCUCAAAUGUGGAUACACGUCUUCAGCACGGAAUUGAAGACAAAUCUAGUGCCCUUUAAGGGAAAUUAUCAGACGUGUAAAUAAAUAAAUUGUGUGGGGAAAACACAUUCAAAAAAUAUUCAACCAUAUAUGAAAUAAAAAUAAUGACCUUAAAAUAAAUCAAGGGUGAAAGUAAAAUAACUGCAUGUGAAAACUGUGGGAAAUAUGUGUCUGAAACUCUCACAAUCAAAGUUCAUGAAGUUCAUUUUGUAAAGAUUUUUUGCUAAUGACAUUUAUGUAUGUUCAUCCCAGUUCUUCUUGCUAAUGCUAGAUUUAACUGCUUGACCGUGAUAAUGUCAUAUUUAAGUCUGUUUUCUUUGCUUAUCCUAGACUCAACACGACUUUGCUAAUGCUAGAUUUGACUAUGCACUUUUUUCUUUGCUAAUGCUAGAUUUAACUAUGCUCUUUUUUCUUUGCUAAUGCUAGAUUUGACUAUGCUAUUUUUUCUUUGCUAAUGCUAGAUUUGACUCUUUUUUGCCAUCGUUAAAUAUGACUGUUUUCUUUGAUAAUGUUCGAUUUGACUGUUUGUUUGGGUUUUUUUGUUUUUUGUUUUUGCUAAUCCCAGAUUUAAUGUUUCUUAAUACUAAUGCUAAAUAAAACUUGAUUCAUUUAUUUAUUUUUUGCAAAGUCUAGAUUUGACUAAUGUGACAUUUAAAUCUGUUUAAUUUUCUAAUGCUGGUCCCAUUCAAUUCAAUUCGAUUGUAUUCGUAUUGCACUUUUAACAGUGGACAUUGUCACAAAGCAGCUUGACAGAAA